CUCAGCGUGUUCGCGAUUCUCCUUCGUUGACGAGUAAAAACCAAAACCAGACGUAGUAUAUUGUUCCAAGCUCCGCAAAUGAUUAAGCCUGUAGAGGAACCAGCUACUUAGUGCCGGCAUUGCAACCAGGAGAGACAACAUUCUUGAAGAGUUUUACAACCGUUAGGUUAGUGAUGCAAACACAAGAGUAACGCUCACGGCUGUAAACACCGAGAUGUCUCGUUCAAAAACUCUCCUUAGAGAAAUAAUUGACUCGAACCACCGAAAACUGAACAGACAUUCGCGUUUCGCUCCACCAAAGACGAACACUCUUAAACACUUGCAGAAUGAGUUCAGAAAAACAAUUCCCCGCCCGCGAUACGCAUUUGUCACGCUGGUGAUGUGUGGAGACGAGUAUGUUAAGGGAGCACUGACCUUGGCUUGGUCUCUCAGGCAACAGAAAACAAUGCACGAACUGAUUGUCAUGGUUACCCCUGACGUCAGCAUUCCGGCGAUGAAGCUACUGCGCAAACUCUUCGAUCGUGUCAUUAAGGUGCAGUACAUUAAAACCAGGGUGAAAAGUGCCUUGAGAGGGAAGAAGUACCGAAGUGAACAUAAAUGGAUGGAAUUCAGUUUGACAAAAGCGCGCAUGUUAAAACUCACAGAAUAUGACAAAAUCGUUUGGCUGGACGCAGACUCACUUGUUCUCAACAACAUCGACCGGCUCUUUGAGCUUCCAACUCCAGCUGGCGUAUGCUCUAGCAUCAGAAAUCACGACUACUGGCAUGGUUCUAAGAUACCCGAGUUAGAAAUUGAAAACUCUGUUGAAAACAAUUAUGGAGUUCAUGGAUGCACCAUGGUGCUGACACCAAAUUUAGAUCAUUACUUGUUGGCAAGUUCGCUGCCUCAAAUUGGAACCACUGCAAACUUUGUUGGACCCGAUGAACAUUUCUUUACACAGUUGUACAAGACUGAGUGGCAUCAUGUCCACAUUAAGUAUGCAUGCAGCAGGUGGUUCUACGAAAUGCGAGACAUAAAACCGAAUGUGAUCCAUUUCUUUGGCGACAAACCAUGGGAGGACGAGAGCGACUGGUACGGAGCACGUAAGUGGAGGGAAGCAGCGGAAGGCAUGGUACGAGUCUGUCCUAAGAUGUCGGAUUUGUUCGUGACACUAGAUCUGCCGGGUUCUCGACCCAGUCAGCACGAACUAAGGUUUUCAGCGAGUUCUGAUGUAUCCGGUUUAGGGACUCAAAGCUCAGCGCCGCCACUUGCGUUUAAGAAACUCUUGAAAAAGUCGAGAUAGUAAUUCUGUCUAAUUUUGCUCAAACGUGAGAUAAUGUGAACACUGAUUUACCUCGCAAAUUCAGGGGAACAGAUAGUGAAUAUCAAGCUGAUCUGACGCAGAAAUGGGAAAUACAGAUUCAGUAAUGUGCUUAUCCAAAUGACUGAGAGUGGCUUGCAACGUUUCUCUCAAUUAAAAUAAUCUAGCAGACUGCCUGGGGCGCGGGAAAACGCGAAUCACCAAUUAGCGAUUGGCUUACUUAGGUAUUUGAAUGAUUGGAAAGGAGAGGCGAGUUUUCUGAACCAAUUACAGAAUGAAGUUAACAACACACAAAGCAAUCACGUUCGAUACCAAAUUCUCUGAUUGCCAAGAAUUCUUGAGCAGUUCCAUUAACGUUCCCUUGGCGACGAAGACACGCAGUGUUCCCUCUCAGAGAAUUGAACUUUUUAUAUUCAAGCUACUUUAUGCGAACUUUUAACCUACAUAGACCACUUUCAUAAAUGGCUGCCGGAUUAAUAUUCUUUUGUUUAAAUUUAAAUUAGCCCU